GGCGCGAACAUAUGCGUCCCGUUUUUCUGCCUCGACGGGCACGCAAAAAGGACACAUUGAUACUAAACUCGGCAGGUCUCACGCCCACGCAGAGGCCGCGCACAGCAGGCUUCUGCUUGCUUAUCCGCCCGAGAACAACCGUAUUCAGAAAGAAGAGAGAGUGGACCUCGCAAAUACACCAGAAGCUCCAGUCCCGUUCCAAAGCAAGUACCGGCAGUAUUCCACGACAAGGGAAUGUUGACCGGAAAUGAGACUGUCCUCUCCACUGAGACUUUCUCCACUCACACCGAGGAAGCGGCGACUCUGAGGAACGCCAAGCUCCAACGCUCGUCCAAGGACGCUAGCGUCGCUCAAUCAUGUAUCUCGCCUGAUGGCCCUCCUUCAGAGGGUUCGGCGAGGAUUGCCAUGUCAAACUACGAAGGCGCAGACGACAGAGGAGCAUCAUCCGGACACAUGAAUCCAGAAGAUACCUAUGAAACCGCGAAACCUAUGGCCAUCAUGUCGGUAGACGGGCGAUCGAAGCGAGCAUCUUAUCAUGAUUCCCCUACUGCCUCUUCGAUGGCGUCAAACAACACAAUCACGCUAGCGGAUGCGCGCGCCAGGGUCAACUCUAGUCUCCAUUCCGCAGAGUCAGCCUUCGACCCAGACCUGACACCAACGAUUGAAAGAAUUUCCUUUGGAUUCCCGUCGAGCUCAACUUUUAACAAACUCAUCAUCCCUGAGAGAAGCCCGGAAGUGGCAAGGACAGGCUAUGCGGUUGAUAGGCUCGGAGAUGAGGACGAUAUGGAAGAAAGCGGGGAGAUGGGGAAUUCGGAGGACCCAGACUCAAGACCGGAAGUACACUCGGCUUCCCCGCCGAUUUCGUCGGUGUCGCCUGUCAUUGUUACAGGUAUCCAUCCUAUGCGUCGCGAUAGUGCUUUCUCGGCGUUGACCGACGAAGGACAGGAGAGCGACGCCUCACCACGAAGCGCUCGAUUUCUUUCCGAUCUAUGGGAUUCCCAAGCUCGCUAUUACAGCACAGCUUCGUCAUCUUCGCGACCAGCAAACGAUCGGCGCCAUAAAAGAGGUGCAGCGUCGUUGUCUUUGCCUUUAUCACCAGCUAGCUUUGGUAGAGAGGGGACCCAGAACAAUUCGGCCGGCCCGUCGAGAAGAAGCCACGACAUGCUCACACGCAGAUCGGCAGAUAUCAAUAGCAUCAUCGGGAACAAGUCCAGGGGGAGACCAGAAGAUUCCUUGAGACCCAGCGCAGGCGCUGGUAGCACGCAGGAAGGGGGCUUCUUUGGGCUGUUCACGGGUUGGCUCGCUCGAGGCCACGCGAAGAUCAAUACAGUCUCCGAGGAAAGUCACGAACAUAAGGGAAGCUGGGCAUCGAAGGAACGCGUCCGACCGCGAUCCACCAGCAAUCGCGCGUCGUACGGUGCAGCAGAGGCGAAUGGUCAUUCGUCUGGUUGGCUAGACGAAGUUCCUCAUACCAGCUCGAAUGGAGCCUAUUCCACGUUUUCGCACUCACAGCCCCCAUUCAGUGUUGCUGCUUCCAGUGCAGACGCACGAAGCCUAGUGAGCGAGAGAUCCUCCCUUCAUAGAGGCACCCGACGUCGUCGUGCCCAUGAACGAUCCAUGCUUCGGCGAGGCAACCUUGGGCGGAGAGGGCGUGGUGGGACAAGGACGCGCGUUUCUGGUAUGGCAGACGAUAGCAUCUACCCCGAUUCUUGGGGAUACAAGAAGCGAAAAGAUUGGAAUUACGGCAUUGUGGGCAACGAGAGCGCCUUCGAAACCGAGUCCGAGCGUGGCACCGUAGAUGAGUCCGACGCCGAUCUUGAGAGCACUGCUGGAACUCUAGCGUCGGCACGACUUCGGAGGGAUUUCCAUUCCGAUUACGAUACCGAACAUUCUCUUCAUGGGGAUGACGGGGAUGGGGAUGAAGAGGACGAGCGUUCAUCUAUACCCGAUGAUACGGAGUCCUAUCGUUCAGGGGACUUUUCGCCUCGAGAUGACGAAUCAGCGACAGGACACGAGACGGAGGACGAGGAAGAAGCGUUCCACAACCACGCCAAUCGAUGGUGGACACCGGGUCACUCUUCUUCGCAAAUCUUCGCAUCCCUCGACACUUCAUACCUGGCUAGCGCCUCGUCAGUGAUCUUGCCGCCCGCUUUACCUCACUUCAACCCUCCCUCUUCGCUGUCGGCGUCAUGCCCCACAUCCCCAGCGUCUGCAGAACUGCUCAACUCUCUACCUCCGUUGCCUUCCGCGCCAGUUUCAGGAGCCGGUAAAGACCGGCAGUCUGAGGAUACCGGCCCCGGAGACGACCGUUUUUCUUCCAAUCCCUCCGCUAUACAGAACGGCUCGACUCCCCGAUUCACACAGUCCACACGGCCACCGCUAUCGCCACUUCGUAGGCGCACAUCCCUUGAAGAUUCGUACCAAGGAGAGCCCGACGCGUUCCCGAACCUCCGGCAGCACCGUUCCUUGACUUUCCCUCCACCAUCUUCGCCGACAGAAUCGUCGGAAGAUGUUGCCGGGGAGAGAACUCCUACUCGUGCGAUACGGCAGCGGUUUUCCACCUCUGGAGAACACUUGAGAUCCCAGGAGUCCGCUUCCUCCAUGGCUUGGCGCGCUACAUGGCCUCGAAUCACAGUCACGGACCCACUUCGUGUUCGCGCCGUUGCAUCGUCUGGCUCGGGGCCCGUCAGCCUUCAGACGACCACUUUACGACCGACGAAUUCGACAUCACCGUUCCCAGUACCGCGCUUCCAGUCGUUUUCAUUGACGUCAACGCCUCCUUCUCACCGUCCUUACACGACUUACAAAGUGACGCUGCACACGUAUCCCGUGCCGACGGUCGUGAGGAAACGGUACACAGACUUCCGUGCUUUGUACAACGAGGCUAGGAGGUGGCAUGAGGGUGCGAAAGCGGCGAGCUUGACCAGUAAUAUAUCGGACGAAGCCCGGCCAGUACCGCCCAGACGCGCCGUUUCAUUGACAAGCAUGCAGCCCGCUAAACAUCGGGCGACUGCAUUAAACACACGAGCACGAGUUCAACCGGAAGUUGCGGAGCUGCUACCGCCUUUCCCACCGAAAACGUUUUUCCAGCGCUUCAGUGCUUCGGUCAUCAAGGAACGGGCUGCGGCGUUUGAGAAGAUCUUGACGCAUCCUGAUUUCGUGCCGCCGCAUCUUCUGAGAGACUUUAUGGGGCUGAGUUCUUGAGCCGUCGCCCAGAGUCGCGGCUUUCAUAAACCCUUGGACUCGUCUCCACCCUAUUCUUAUUUGCGUGGGUUGACAACGUUCCUUACGUAGCUUCACUUCCAAUAGGCUUUUCAUCCGUUUCCUUGUCACUGCCUCUGGAUACGUGUCCUUGGUAGAUGUAGUACUGCUGUUGACAUCUUGUACUUUUGCUUAUUUUUUGGCGUCGUUCUAGAAUAUAUAUACGUGUGUUUUUCCGUCUGU